AUCUGAGCGCGGGAUUCCCCUCGGCGGUAGGUGGAGACUGGACACAGCAGAGUGGAGUCGGUAUUCAGGCAGAUGAUCUCUCUGGUUCUGCUUUUGUGAGCGCUAGGCUAGCUUGUAAACAAGAGCAAAACCCCCCGGCCGAGUCUCGGAGAAAUUUUAUGACUGAACACGCGGGUGUUUUUUUGGUUACUCACAGCUGCCGUGUACGCCGGUAUGCUUUUCUUUCCGUUUCCACUACACGUCUUUGCUUUCCACUCUGCAACAUACUGAGACGCUGAUGCUGCCCAAAUGAGCUAACCUCUCAACUAUCUUGAAAGACAAAAUCAACAUUUUCACUUAGACCUAAGGUAAGAGUUGCAGUUCAGGUAAAGCUUUUUGCUUUGCUGGGACACAGUUCUGUUCUUGUGAAAUUCCUUCAGCUUCACUGUCACCGGGCUUUGCCUUUGCAGGUGUUGGUAAAUAUCACAGGGGGAAACGUGUCCAGCGGCUACCAGCUCACGUAUAGAUGUUUGACGUGUUUGUAUAAAGUAGUACUUAACCUAACCUGAAAAAUACAUUCAUGCAUGUAGCUACGAUUAUUAUUGAGAUUUUUUUAGCGGUUAUUUAUUGUAUUUAAUGAUAAAUUUGAUAAAUGUAAAAUGUAUGUUUUAAAAUAAGAGAUCUAUUUCCAAGAACCAUAUAGCAAAUUUAGACACAUAGCCAAAUCAUAUAGCACCACAAUAUAUCUGAAGAUAAAUAAAUAUUACAUGUUAAAAGGUAACAGAAUGUAGAUUCAUAGUUUUGUACAUCUAAGAGGUGCUGUGUACAGUGUUUAAAUUCAGUCUAAGAACAAAGGUAAGCAGGCACUAUUUGCAAUCGAGCCUUGGUACAGUGCUGCUCUCUUCGAUUUGCGAGGUAGGAUCACCCCACUUUUUCAUAUAAGGUGCAAUGGUGAGUAAGACAGUAAUCACCUGUGAUAAACUGUAAUGCACUGUGAUCCACAGAAUCAAGAGGAUUCAAGGUGGACCUAGAAGGUUAAUCAAGCAAAAAUUGUGGAUUGCACAAUAUUCUAGUGUGCAAUUCUAGUGCAUGAGCCUGCAACUUGUUGAUUUAAAUCAAGAUUUGUUUCUACAUACAUAACCAGCCAACCAACCUUUGUCAUCAAUAAAUUUUGUCAGUUAAAUCACGUUACUACGGGGCCCCUCAACGGUAUGUUCCAUCGUUAUGCCAGUUUAUGUUUAUGUAAAUUACAUGCAGCUGCAGGAUAGGAAUGCGAAAAUGUUAAAAUAUGCUGACGACAUAGCUGUUGUGGAUCUCUUUUGUAGCAACUCUAACUGUUUUGCUCAGGAAUGUAGGUUGGAAUAAUGGCAUAACUCUCAUUGGUUGUUGAUUAAUUUUGGCAAUGUGAAAGAGCUUGUCUUGAAUUACACAGGCUCCAUAAAAGGUCUUUCACUCUCUGGUCAGUCUGUGGAAGUCUGGGAACAUAUAUUAAUGUAAAGAUAAACUUUUAUAGUUAAUGCUAAUUCCAUUUACAAGACUGCUAAUAAGAAUUUUUUUCUUAUCAGGAUAUUGGGAGGCUCUGCAGUUAGCCACAACUGUGGAAAGAGUUGAUGUCAGCUUGAUUGAAAGCAUGCUUCAGUUCAGUAUCUUAGUCUGGUAUGGUACCUCGAUUGUUGAAAAUAGGAAGAACUGAACAGGAUUGUCAGAACUGAUUGGUCGACACCAAACUUCAUUGGAUAAGCUUUAUCAUCAGGCUGUCUUAAGUAAAGCCCGGCCUAUUGUUGCAGAAUGUGAACACCUUUAUUUUGAAUUUGAAAUAAUGACCUCUGAAUGAUUUCAUAGGAUGCAUCUAGCUAGUAAAAAGGUGUAUAUGGGAUCAUUUGUGCCAAAAGCAAUCAGCAUACUAAUUAAUAAGAUGCUGUGAUUUAUUUCUAUAGUUGUAUUGAAUUUUUAUAUGCAUAUGUAUGUAUGUUGGCUGAUAGCCACCAGAAUUUUUAUUCUGACAAUUUUCCAUUAAUUUGGACAAUAAAGUCAUUCUAUUCUAAUUUUCUUGGUAAAUGUUCCACAUGGUUCUUAAAAGUCCUGGAGUCUAACCUCCAGGCAGAGUCCUUUAAUGCAAUUAACAGUUUCAAUUUUUCAGUUUUGUGACCAUGAAGGGUUUGAAUAUAGAUUUUUGGGUGAUGUUGUAAAUAACACGCACUUAGUUUAAACAGAGUAAUGGGAGUCUAUGUACACACUGAAAGUUUUCCUGUCAUGUCAGUUGGAGCAUUGAAUUCACCCCUUUGGGUGCAAUUUUGUGCAUCCUGAACCAGUCGGCAUGGAUUACCUGCCUUGUUUAAGAAUUUGAUUCAUUCAUGUCAUUCACACAUCGUCACACCACAGCCACUCUUGUUUUGAAGAAGAAGAACAGAUGCUCAUUAGCUAGCUUUUGACCAAGAAUGGUAACUUCAAGUGCUGCUGAAACAGGGUUAAAAUCAGUUGUUUGUUUACAGCAACACUCUGUUUUUAAGGCAGUCGGUCGAAGAAAAGAAUCAAAGGGCUUGAACUCGACCAUCCGGAAUUAGACAGCAGCAGUCCACGGACCGUGGGAGAGCAUAUACACAAACCUUCCCCUGCAGGCUAUAUGAUAAAGCACUUAACAGAAAAGUGCAAAAGACAUGAGAGCAGCUGUAGCCACUUGUACAAUAGCAUGAAGCUUCACCUUUUUUCAGGCUUAGUAUAGUAGAACAGCUGGGUUAUUUGUGUUUGUGUUUUUUUUCAAGACAUUCAUUGUUUGAUCUGUCAGACCCAAUUGCACCCACCCAAAAUUUGUUUUUUUUCUUUUAACCACCAACCGCCACUGUUUGUGUGAUAAGAAAGUUAUGAUAUAUUUCAAAAGCAAACUGUAGAUUAAACCACAGAAUACAAGCAAGGUAUCUUUGAACUGUAAUUAUUAGAGUCAGCAGCACUUGACUCAAGUCAGUGAUUAUCUAAGGCAAACAUCAUUCAUAUGCAUCCAUAGCUGUGUUUUCCUUUGAGAAAGGGAGGAUUAAUCCCACACAUCCCCUUUUGUCAUAUUCAUUUAUCAGCUGAUUGAUAAUAAUAAGUACUGUCAAAAAUAAGAAUAACUAUCAGUCUGAUCAUGGUCCUUUGGUGUGCAGCUUUGUAACCUAGCACUCUGAGCAAAUGGAAACCGGCUUGCUGUUGCCUCUAUAUUGGUUCACAAGAGGUGUUCACAGUAAUGACACUGGAGCUGUGAAAAUAAAAAUACCACAGUGAAGCUUUUGUGGUAUUCAUGGUCGAUAAACUCACAGACAAGAUGUUAUUUCAUAUUUCUGGAGUUUCCAAUAUUCCUUUUGCAUGUUUUCUGAAUCAGACAUUAAUCCAAACAGACUGAAAUCCUAGUGAGAAUUCAUGUUUGUUUUAACACCAGAACCGCAAAGGUAGUCAUUUUCAAAAUGCUGCACAUCUGCAAACCUUCGUUCCUUCAAUUUAUCCAUCUGUCUUCUUUUGAAAAGCAAUGUUCCAUAAGCAAGAUAGAGGGUAAGUGGGAAGCUACUCACAUUAAAAGCAGUGCAAAAAGCAUAAAAAAUGUUUGGACCAAUCUCUAAAAUAUCCAAAUGUAGCCUUUCUAAAUUACGAAAAUGAUGAAUGAAUUUUCACAUUAUUUUCCAAACAGCUUUUUAAUCCAGGUAUGAGCUUGUGCCUUUAUGUCUCCAACUUUCUCAAUAAUUCACUGUAAUAUGUUGUAUUAAGUUUCUGUAGAUCAGUAUUGUGGCAUUUCUUCAACAUCUCCAUUAAUACAUAAGUAGUACUUCCAUUUUCCCUAAAACCAUACUUGUGUUCCUUCAAUAAUUUAUAUUUACCAAUAAAGUGAUCCAGUGGUUAUAAUGUCACAUCUUGAUUACAUCACCAUAAGCGAUUUGACUUGACGUGUCACCUGGCUUUGUUUCUUUGCCCUGUCACUUUUAUACUUCCAAUAUGAUCUGCAUUUCUGCUCUUGUCUUUGGAAUAAUUCAAAGCCAUUCUCUGCAACCUUUCACUAUAGCUCUGGCUUAUUUAGCAGAUUUUGAGUCCCCUCUGUGAAGACCCCUACAUUUUUAUCAGUGGAAAUAAGUGAUAUUUAUGCAUUUCCAUAUCCCCUAAGUGCUGAGCAAAAUUGACUCUCAUUACUUUUUACAGCAACUCUGGUGCACACAGUAUGGGUUCAGUUCAGUUUGUUGGAAAGCAGAUUAUACAUUAGGCUAAGUCAGAAAACAUACCACUGCAAAGGCAGGCAGACAAACACCUCUGGAGAGAGAUUUAUACCAUAAGAGGCCUCUUCAGGUGAUCAUAGCUUAAGAGGCUGGUGGUGGAGCUGAUGUACAUGUGCCUCAAAUCAUCAGUCCCAUGAGUCAGAUAAAUGGAAGGCACCAUUUUUGGCACAGUGACCCACAGCACUCUGCAGCCUUUGUUAGAAAUUCAUUAUACAUGUAACGAAAAAUGCAAUUAGAGAACACUUUAGGUAUUACAUGAAGGUCAUCUUCCUAAAGCUUAUUGAACUUUGGGUUUUAAGUGGGCUCAGUGUUUUAUUGUUUUAGUUUUUAUUUGGAUGAGCCACACAUAUAUAUUAAUGGGUGGCCAAGUAUAUGUGCCAAUUUAUUGCUGAGCUGCUGAACUGCUGAACUUACUGAGCAAAAUCUGAUUGUUUUAAAGUUCAGUCACUGCUAACCAGCUAGUUGUGGCUCUUCUACACACAUAAGUUUCCUGCCUGCUGGCCCAGUGGCCAGUUCACCAUUAUUGCAGUCCUUGAUAUUAUUCAGCUGCUUCCCCAGAGAGCAUGCUCCACUGACAUACUCCAAUCCCUCUGUCUUGGACUGAAGCUGGUACCUUCUGCUGUGAGCUAGAGUCCAGCACUAACCAGGACUUGCAGCUCAUGAAGAAAUGGUUCAUCCGCUGCUACAGUGAUGGAGUUGUAGUUAGACUCAGGAGAAGGUAGCUCUGCUGAGACUUACUUGGUUAUUUAAAUUUAUAGGUUAUUUAUAGAAAUUGAUGGACUCUGAUCACUCCAUCACCCCAGAUAGAGGUCUAUAACUCUCUGGUAAACACUAGGGCUACACUAGAAAUCAACGUUCUGUCAAAGAAGCUCAAGAACUCAGUUAGUUUGGUCCCAUGUCAGCAAAGUAGAACAGUGAGCCAGCAGAAGCUGUAUUUUAUAAUGCUCUGAUUAUGUUAGCGUAGGAGGUACAAUUCCUGUACUGUCUCCUAACCAGCUCAUAUUCAGAGCAGUUGACCCAUAUAAUGGUGUAUUGAUUAUAAGCUCAAGAAUACCCACUACAGCUGGGAAGUACCUGUGGGUGGUUUUGGCCUUUUGGCUUCAGAAGACUGUAACAAGCCAUUUGUGGCAAUUAUACUGGGGCUGAAGCCAAUGUGGGAGUACCUUAUGAUUCCUAUUCAAAAAUCAUCUUUUUCUUUUCUUUCAUUGAAUAAUUAUGCUCCCAUUCACUAAGUUCAGGCUCUCUAAUUUGGGUGCUGUUGAGACAGUUUAUAGAAGACUUUAAUGUCUGACACUUGAAUGAGUGACAGCUGGCUCAUGUUUCUCUUACCAGCUCCUAAACCCAUGACAUUGGACGUUUGUUGCUGUGUUCAUAGUAAAAGCGUGACACCCCAGAAACCUUCAUAUAGUAUUUUGUUACGUUUGGCUUGGUUCAUAGUGCUUUCAGAGUGUGUAGGACAACACAAACAUAUGUUACUUGGAAGGCUUUGGCUCCAAAUGGAAGAAACUCUGAGUCUGAUCUUCUAACAGGCUCCAAUGCGAAGCCUGUUGCUAGUAUAGGUAUGACCAACCGGUGCUUUAUCAGAAGUGUCUCCUAAAAUUAUUUCUCUGUUUUACACCAGAAGUUAUGUAUAGUAUAAAGACUAGGUUGGUUGGUCUGAAGCUUGUUUCUGGGAAUCAUCCAGGACUGUCUUCCAUUUAGUUCCUCACUAGGCUCUAUCGCAUAUGACCACUGCAGGCUGCCAGGUUUUCAAACACUCAUUGCAUUUUUAAAUGCAGUUUAGGCUGUAGUUUAAAGAAAUCCUUCUUUGUUUGGGUUUCAGAGCAAUACAGAAGUUAGUGAAACCUCUGAUUGUCUCAGAGUGGCUAUGAAUUAUGCAUGGAGAUCCUGUGAAAAAGCUUUUAAGUUCCUAAGAUUUGGGUUUCUAACUGAGCUGAUAUUUGUUUUGCCCUACCUAAAGUGUCAGGGACAAGAAGUAUACAUUUGCCAGAGCCUUCAUUAAGAACAGAAGGAAAAUAUCUAUUUAGAAUUAAGUGUAAAGGUGGUACUAAAUUGUGGUUAUCUAUUAUUUAUUUUAUUUUUGCCUCUGAAACCACCGACAUCCCUUUAUGCUUGGAAUGCUGCCCAUGUGACCCUGCUAAGUGACUGUAAGUACGUAUAUGAAUGGAUGGAUUAUAUUGUUUGGAGGACUAGUGAGUCUUUUCAUGUAUGUUUAUUUCUUUCAGGAUUAAUUGACUGUAAAAGGGAUUUUAAAGCUCAGUUCUAGCACUAGUUUCUAAAGGUAUUUUUAGUAUGCUUAGCUACAGCAGAGAAUAUAAAUUCUUGACUAGUUAAUGGCAUCUCCUGCCAUUUUUUUCCAGAAAUGAAACUGUGAGGAAAUCUCUCAAACUGCUAAGACUUAUUGCUGUUACAGAGAAGUGAAAAAAAAAAUGGUUUCAGAUUAAGAUCAAUGACUCAGACAAAGGAACAAUUUAAUGGUAGACGACAAACAAAGCAGCAAUUUAGAAGUAGAUAAAUGAUGUUGGAGUAAUUUGUAGUCAGAUUUUCUUGUGGGAACUUUAACUUCAGUUGUGCAGAACUGGCAGCAGAUGUCUUCAGACUGAAAUCAUACCUUUACUUUUUCAUCCUGACACAGAUUUUGUUAUUGUCUGCAUUAUCCUUGCUGCACACAGGCGUGAUAAUGUUAAUCCUAACAACUAAGGACUAAUAUGUCACUAUUUGCAGACAAUUCUAAUUCAAGUGAAAAUGGACAUACCCUUUAACAGUAGUUUAACACCAAAGGAUGCUCAAGAUUUUCUUCCCCUGCCACCAUGCCCUCCACAAAUUUGUAUAGAAGAAAAUCCUUCCAAAUUUACAGGACUCCCAAGUCUCCAAAACGGAUAGCAUCAGCAACUUGAGAUCUUGUUCACUGGCAGAUAUCCUUAAGUGUUCAUCCAGCUUUUUUUUUCCUGUUCUAUUUCGGUCCCUUCUCUGGAAUAUUGCCUGUUGUCCUGAGGCAGCGCUGAAGUGCUGUGCUGCAGUGUUUUCAGAGGUUGUCCUUCUCACUUUGUUCCUUUUUUGUCUGUCUGUCACUUACUCACACACAUUCUGCAGAUUGUCCACGCCAGCCUCUGCAUCGCCUGUAUCCCUGGGGGAGAAGAGACAGCACAAAAGCCUUGAUGUUAUAUCUGCUAUAUUGCAGAAGGCACAGUGGGUCACUGUUAGCAAAUGAUAUAGGGAAGCAAGAAAAUGUUGUUAAAGAGCUGGCUAUCAAACAGUCAAGUAAUCUGUCUCAGUUUGAUCUAGGCAAGUGGGUAGACAUGAGAUGUGUCAAACACAGACCUGGAAGAUUUUCUGACAUGCUACCAGCUGUGAUGAAGCAGCCGGCUGAUUUUGUACCUCCGUGCUGGAUGGCAUGGCAGUGCAUUUAUGUAACCCAACAAAGUGUGUAUAACUGUCUGUCCAAAUGUAUUUGAGAAAGACAUGCAAAAUGAGAGAAAGACUAUGUGACUUGUCUUUGUACAGCCAGAUAACGACUACUGGGCCGUUAAUUCUCUUUGGUGCCACACUGAGCUCCAGGCAGCUUGAUCCAAUCUGACAGGCCACAUUUAGUUCAGGAAUAAAGAUGACAACACAUAAGGACACAUCAUCACAGCCAGAAGAGCUCAGCAAUCAAGUGGCCGAAGGGAACUAAAAACAGUCUGCUCCUGGCAGCGGAUGUCUCGUCGCCUCCGUCUGAGGUUGGAGGCCAGUUGGCGUCAGGAGGUGGGUCCUAAGCAGCAGCAGUGAUGCGGGCUUCAGUGGCAGGUUGCAGGAUGAGUGUGGGUGCACUUGUUAAUGGUCUGCUGGUCUCUGUGGUCGCAGCUCUGCUUUGGAAAUAUUCCAAGCUGAGUGAGCAUGCUGCUCUGUUGGAGGAAGAGCUGCAUAUGACACAGCAGUCCCAGGAGGUCUCACAGGCCCGUAUCGACUACCAUGUUGCUCUGCAGGCGCUUCAGGAACACGGCACCCGCAUGGUCUGCACUGGGAAGAUGCACACUGACCGCAUCUGCCGCUUUGACUACCUCUGUUACAGCUCUGAGGCAGAGGAGUUUGUGUUCUUCCAUUCCAAUUCCUCUGUCAUGCUGCCUAACCUGGGGUCCAGACGUUUCCAACCUGCCCUGCUGGACUUGUCUUCAGUAGAAGAUCACAAUACCCAAUAUUUCAACUUUCUAGAGCUCCCAGCUGCUGCUUUAAAGUUUAUGCCCAAGCCUGUGUUUGUACCAGAUAUAACACUGAUCCUGAAUCGGUUUAAUCCUGAUAACCUCAUGCAUGUAUUCCACGACGACCUCCUCCCAGCCUACUAUACCAUGAAGCAGUAUUCAGAUUUGGAUGACGAGGCUCGUCUUGUGUUCAUGGAGGGCUGGAGCGAAGGCCCACACUUUGACCUUUACCGUCUUCUCAGUAGUAAGCAACCGCUUCUCAAAGAACAGCUUAAGAACUUUGGAAAGCUCAUGUGCUUUACUAAAUCUUAUGUUGGCUUGUCCAAAAUGACUACCUGGUACCAAUAUGGCUUUGUCCAGCCACAGGGGCCCAAAGCUAACAUCUUGGUCUCAGGCAAUGAGAUCAGGCAGUUUGCCAGAGCUCUGAUGGACAAAAUGAACAUUACAAGGGUAGAGGAGAUGGAGAAGGAGGGAGGAAGCGGUGAGGAUGAGAAGGAGAAAGAGAAGAAGGAUGACUACAUUGUCGUUUUCAGUCGGUCAACAACAAGACUUAUACUGAAUGAAGCAGAGGUAAUCAUGGCGCUGGCCCAAGAGUUUCAGAUGAGAGUGGUCACAGUGUCCUUGGAAGAGCAGUCUUUUCCCAGUAUUGUACAGGUCAUCAGUGGCGCUUCCAUGUUGGUCAGCAUGCAUGGAGCUCAGCUUAUCACCUCACUCUUCCUCCCUAGAGGUGCUGCUGUGGUGGAGCUGUUCCCUUUUGCUGUGAACCCUGAGCAGUAUACACCAUAUAAAACUCUUGCCUCCCUUCCAGGCAUGGACAUUCACUACAUCUCCUGGAGGAACACUAAGGAGGAGAAUACUGUCACCCACCCAGACAGACCCUGGGAACAAGGAGGCAUUGCUCACUUGGACAAAGAGGAGCAGGAUCGGAUCCAGGCAAGCAAGGAAGUCCCCAGGCACCUUUGCUGCCGCAACCCAGAGUGGCUCUUCCGGAUCUAUCAGGACACUUUAGUGGACAUCCCGUCCUUUCUGGAAGUCCUCAAAGAAGGCAUGAAGACCAAGCCCAGCUUAAAAAAGGCCAAGGUGGCCAGCACGGUCCAUCCGGGCCGGGUCAGAGAACCUAAAUGUCAAACUUCAGUACAAACCACUAAUGAGGCUAAACUCACAGUCUCUUGGCAGAUCCCAUGGAAUUUGAAAUUCUUAAAAGUGAGAGAGGUGAAGUACGAGGUGUGGAUCCAGGAGCAGGGAGAGAACACCUACAUGCCUUAUAUCCUUCCCCAGCAGAACUACACGUUUUCAGAAAACAUAAAGCCCUUCACCACUUACCUGGUGUGGGUUAGGUGCAUCUUCAACAAGAAUCUAUUAGGCCCCUUUGCUGAUGUUCUUACAUGCAAGACCUAGUGUGAGCACAAGGCCUGCUUGUUUGUUUGUGCAGUUUCAUAUAAUGGUGAAGUCACUGUUUCAGUCAAUCACUUUGGAAAAGGGGGACUCUGUUGGAUUAUGGUCUGUAAAAUGGCUGUUGCAUGGUGCUGUUUCCAUGCUCAGCCCGGGAUGAACUGCAGAAGAACCAUGGUCAGAAACGGCCAGAAAAGAAUGAAAAGUUCAUCGCUUUUAUUUAGAAAGAAAGUGCAAAAAACUUUGUCUCUUCUAAUAAAACUAGAAUUCAGAUCAGCAGAUUUAUUUGUGAAAAAUAAUAUAUAAAAUGUUUUAUGUGUUAGUCAAAACACUGGUUCUUUACCUUUUACAGUAUGCAAUGUAGUUUCUCUGUAAGGAACAAAAGACAUUUUAGAAUACGAUUUUUAAAAAAAUGGUUUUUGACUAUUGGUGCGUGCGUGCGUGUGUGUUUUCAUGGUGUCCGUUUGGGGAAAAAAAUAUUCAGGCCUGAUAUUUAAGAUUAUAUAAUUUAAUUGCACAAAAAUUUUGAUUCUACUCGUUUUUUACAUAGUUUAAAUGUAAAGUAAUAAAAAUAAUGUAAUGCAUAUUUGUCAGUAAGAUGUAGUCUUACUGACAAAUAAAUACUGUUUGACACAUUUUUUACAAUUACAUUUAUUGCUUUAUGUUAAGACUACGCAAUCUAAAUGGAAUUAAAAUUGAUAUGCAAUUAAAAUACAUAUUACUUCUAGUACCAGGCCUAACUUUUUGUGUGGCGUCUUUUGCCUCACAAUUGUUAAAUUCCAUACACAGUCAUUUACAGGAUCUAGUCAAAACCAAAGCAACCUUUUUCACAUGGUUUCAGCUACUCAUCGUUCAUGUCAGCCACCUCAGAUCAUAGAGCUCUUUUCUAAUAUUUGCUAAGUUUAACACUGCUUCCAAAAAUGUCACGAAGGACUCACAGAUAAUGCAACAGUUUCACAAUACAGCAGUAAUCAGUGUCUUGGAAAUUCACAGUCAAGUCAUUUCAGAACAUAUCGUAGAGUUUAAUAUCUUUAGAUUAGUUCCUCUUAUGUAAUAUUUAUAGCUCCACACUGCCCGGUAACAAAUCACUUCUCUCUGUUUUCCUGCUUAAAUAAAUUCCUUCAUAAAUAAUUAAUUUUUCUCUAAUUGGCAGUAAUUACAACUGUAAUAUUAUCAUUUUCUCGAGUGUAUAUCCGUUACGCCAGGCUGUAAUUAGCGUUAAGCAUUUUCCCUGCUGUAUCCAGCAGUUUGCUGCUGGACAGUUGGAUUUCACUGCCUUGUGUAAAAAGCAUUUUCCUUAAUCUAACAAGGUAUUUUUGCAGCUUAGUGUUUCACAGCCUUGUGUGAACCUCUGUUAAUUAGGAUAAAAUUCCCAGUUAUGUGUCUUUUAACUUACAUUCCUCUAAAGUUUUCUGGCUGGUAUAAGGAAGUCUAAUAUUGAAUUUUAGCUGGAAACAGCUGCCUGUUAAACAUGUUUUAGUGUAGUCUGCAAAUGAAAUACUGCAUGUGGGUAGCUCCAGUGCACAAAUGUACUGAUAAAUCUUUAAAUGGAGGUGAAACUAUGUCAUAGUAGGAAUGUAGCAAGAGAUGUUUUAUGGAAUGGCAAAACACUGCCAUCAGAAUAAUGACUUAUAUUGUUGAGAUUGCGCCAUUUUCCUUACUGUACACUUUAUGAUGUCCCCCCUGCAAUGUUGUGGCUGCUGCUCCUUUUUGCUUUUAUUUUCAUGCCUUUUCUGUUUUCCUCCACUUUUCAUAUGCAGUUGUUUAUCACUGCAUGUUCAAGAGAUUAUUUUAAGCAACUGCUGUGUGUUCAGGAUGUGAUUGAUUAGAUAUGUAUGUGUUAGUGUUGUUGAUUAGAUUUCUGUGUAUCUCUGUAUGUGCCGAGUAAAACACGAGUCUCUGUUUUCUGUUAGCAAAUAGUUUGUUUUUUUU